GAAGUCUCGAAUCGAUCUCAAAUCGAAGUAAUCGGUAAUCGUUUCUGUCAGCUCGUGUUCUUCGUAGCCACGUUUGUAUAUUUGUUCACGAUGAACGCGUGGAUGCAAUACUUCAAAUCCAUUCCAACGCAUAUGGAUUAUGAUGGCCAAGCUAGAGCGGAGAAAUUGUCGCGGGUCAUAAUAACGUUAUUUGGGGUAGUCGGCUUCAUUUGGGGAUAUGCCAUUCAACAAUUCUCGCAAACAAUCUAUAUUCUAAGUGCUGGAUUUGUUAUGGCAGCAUUAAUCACUGUUCCUCCAUGGCCUAUGUACCGUCGUAAACCAUUGGACUGGCAAAAACCACAGUUUGAAGUUGUUCCAAAGCUCAAAAAGAAAAAAUAAUUGCCUGACAUUUAACACCUCUAACAAAAUCUAAUAUAUUAUGCAAUCUUCAAUAUGAAUUGAUUGCUGAUAGUGCAUAUGUACCACUGAGCAUUUUCAGUUGCAAUUAUGAGAUACAAAUGUCCUUAAUGUAUGAAUACAAGUGCGUAUUAGAACAAGUAUGAAUGUGAAAGACUUUAGAUUUCUUUUUUGUAAGAUACACAAAUAUUGUACUUUAAUGUGUGUUAGUUGUAAAUGCGAAUUACAAAUAAAAUAA